AAUGCCUGGAAGUGUAAUCGCACUGACGAGUGGACGAGUGAGCACUCUGAUGCACAGAGGAGAACGAGAGAAGAAGAAGAAAUAAAAGAAGAAGAAAUAAAAGAAAUACAAGAAGAAGAAAUAGAAGAAAUAGAACAAGAAGGAGAAGGAGAAAUAGAAGAAAUAGAACCUGGAAGUGUAAUCACACUGCUGAGUGGACGAGUGAGCACUGAUGAACAGGCAGUGGAGAGAGAGAGGAGAGGAGGAGAAGAAGGAGGAAUAAAAGAAGAAGAAGAAAUUGAAGAAAUAGAAGCAGACCUGGUUGGAGUUCAGCAGUGACUCCUGGGGGGGCCAGUGUUUUGGUGUUUUCGUCAGUUACUCCUGGGGGGCCAGUGUUUUGGUGCUGAGGCGUUUGUGUGCCGUGGGUCUGGAUUAUUGGAAACAGGACAUGGCUGUGACCGGGGAUGAAACUGAGUCAGCUGCUACUGGAGACCUCCCUGCGUACCAGCUGCGUCCCCCCACCUCAGGACUGGCCCAGAGCGUCGUCAUGGCGACGUCCCCAGGCUCCAUCCAGAGUCCAUCAGGACAACACGCAGAGGAGAUGACCCGCAAGAGGGAGGUCCGACUGAUGAAGAACCGGGAGGCGGCUCGUGAGUGUCGCAGGAAAAAGAAGGAGUACGUCAAAUGUCUGGAAAACCGCGUGGCCGUGUUGGAAAACCAGAACAAGACUCUGAUCGAAGAGCUGAAGGCGCUGAAGGACAUUUACUGUCACAAAGCAGAGUAGGAGGGGCAACGUCCUGUGGACACGCCCACUCCAACCAAAACAUCCAAACUAAAGCUAAAGUCCAAAAGACUCUGGAACUAAAACUGAAAAAACAAAAACAAAAAACAGACAAAAAAGACCCGCCCACCAGAACAGGUUCACCACACCUUCUGUCACGAACCAGCAAAGACCCGCCCACCCGAACAGGUUCACCACACCUCCUGUCACGAACCAGCAAAGACCCGCCCACCAGAACAGGUUCACCACACCUCCUGUCACGAACCAGCAAAGACCCGCCCACCAGAACAGGUUCACCACACCUCCUGUCACGAACCAGCAAAGACCCGCCCACCAGAACAGGUUCACCACACCUCCUGUCACGAACCAGCAAAGACCCGCCCACCAGAA